AUGUCUUGUAUGAAUUUAAUCAAAAACCAAUUUAUAACCCCCUCCCCUUCCCCCCUGUUUUCACUAAAAAAUAUUCUCUCUCUCAGACAACUCUUCGUAUCAAAUGAUCGAGAUAAUGUUUAUCGACACCCAGUUGUUGAAUGGCAACAACCCCAAAGAAUUAAUGGAAAUGGACGUUUAAUUGGAAGUAAUACACAAGUUUAG